CCUCAGUGCCAUUUCUCACUCUGAUUGAUCAGCACACUUCCUUUACCAAUGGAGCUUAGACGCCAGUCUUCUCAAAAUUAUGGUUUAAGUUCACUUGGAGGUCCCAGAUCCCUACGGAUGGAAACCUCCUACGCCCACAGUGUGACUGGAGGGGCAGGUGGCCGUGGAACCAAGAUUUCCAGUACCAGCUAUGGUUCGCGUGUUGGCAGCGGUUUUGGCGGAGGAUACGACUACCAGUCCUUGUCCUCUGGAUCCACUUCUGGAGUCAUGGGCAUUGGAAGCGAGAAGCAUGCCAUGCAGCGUCUGAAUGACCGCCUGGCGAACUAUCUGGAGACGGUGAGGAAUCUGGAGAAGGCCAAUGCAGUGCUGGAGGUCAAGAUCAGAGAGGCCACUGAGAAUAGAGGCCCCUUGGAAGGGAGGGACUACAGCAAGUACUACACUAUCAUCGAAGGCCUCAGGGCCCAGAUUCUUGACAUGACCAGGGCAAAUGCCCAGUAUGCUAUCAGUCUUGACAACGCAAGUCUGGCUUCAGAUGACUUACGAACCAAGUAUGAGUAUGAGUUGUCCAUGAGGCAGACAGUGGAGGCUGAUGUUUCAAGACUGAGGAAGAUCCUGGAUGACACCAAUGUUACUCGCUUGCACCUGGAGAGUGAAAUCGAGUCCCUCCAGGAGGAGUUGAUCAGCCUGAAGAAGAACCACGAGAGAGAAGUUGAUGAAUUGCGAGUUCAAAUUGCACAGGCUGGGGUCCAUGUGGAUGUUGAUGCACCAAAAGGACAGGACCUGGCCAGAAUCAUGGAGGAAAUAAGAGCAAAGUAUGAGAAGAUAGCGCUACAGAACCAGCAGGAGCUUGAAGCGUGGCAUAACUCCCAGAUAACAGAGGUGGAGGUCAAAGUCACAGAGAGCUCAACAGCCCUGAAGGAGGCCGCAGGUGUAAUGACUGAAACUAGGAGGCGGCAUCAGGCACUGGAAAUUGAGCUCCAGUCUGCACAUAGUCUGAAAGCGUCCCUGGAGGCUGCCCUUCAUGACAUUGAGAGGCGUUACAAUUUAGAGCUGGAAAAAUACAAUGAGAUAAUCCUGAGUCUGCAGGAGGAACUGGCACACAUCCGCAGCAGCAUCCAGCAAAACACGAAUGAGUACGAGGCCCUCCUCAACAUCAAGGUGAAGCUGGAGGCUGAGAUUGCAGAGUACAGAAGGCUGCUGGAUGGUGAAGGAGACUUAAACCUUGAAGAUGCAGUUGACCUAAAGAAAAUCCAAGUGGUGACGGUCACUCAGACUGUGGUGGACGGCAAAGUGGUGUCAGAGAGCAAGGAGAGCAAGGAGAUCGGAUCCACUGAAAAUCUGGCAUUUAGUUAAAAAACAACUGAAAG